UUUGUGCUUUCCUUAAAUAAUGCACCGGUGGAAGAGAAAAUAUACCCCGAAAAGAAGAGAGUAAGCAACGAAGAGAGAGUGUGAAUUUGUGUGCUGCUCAGUGAGCGCAGAAGAAGAGAGAGUGAUAAUGAUUAGUGUGAAGGAGUCGACAAUGGUGCAACCUGCGGAGGCGACACAGCGGAAGGUGUUGUGGAACUCAGAUCUGGAUUUGCUGGUGGGGAAUUACCACACUCCCAGUGUCUAUUUCUACAACCCAAACGGAGCUUCCAAUUUCUUCCAUUCCAACAUCUUGAAAGAAGCUCUCAGUAAGACCCUCGUCAUUUUCUACCCGAUGGCCGCCCGUCUCCGCCGCGGUGACGACCACCGCGUGGAGAUUUAUUGUGACGGUCAAGGUGUACUCUUCGUUGAGGCUCAUGCCACCGUUGCCAUGGACCACUUCACUGAAAACCUUCACCAUCGCAACCUUAUCCCCACGGUGGAUUAUUCCGCCGGUAUUGAAACAUAUCCGAUAGUGGUGUUACAGAUAACAUAUUUCAAAUGUGGAGGGGUGUCAUUAGGUGUUGGUCUGCAACACCACGUGGCAGAUGGAGCAUCCGGGAUUCAGUUCAUCAAUGCAUGGUCCGAUGUGGCUCGUGGCUUAGACAUUUCCGUUCCUCCGUUCAUUGACAAGACCCUACUUCGUGCCAGGGACCCACCUCAACCUGUUUUUCCUCACCACGAAUACCAGCUCUCACCACCCGCCGCUGCCACCACCACCACUACUGUAGUUGCCUCUAUCUUAAAAUUGACUCGUCACCAACUGGACACCCUCAAGGAUAAGUGGAAAGAAGGUGGCAACAGCAUCAAAUAUAGCACUUACGAGAUGUUGGCAGCUCAUAUAUGGAUAAGUGUGUGCAAAGCAAGAGGCCUUGGUGCUGAGCAAGAAACCAGACUGUAUAUUCCGAUUGAUGGAAGGGGGAGGCUGCAACCUCCCCUCCCUCCUGGUUACUUUGGCAAUGUCAUUUUCUCCACCAUUCCCGUCGCAGUGGUAGGAGAACUCGUGUCAAAACCUACAUGGUAUGCUGCGGACAAAAUCCAUAAAGCAAUAAUGAGAAUGGACAACGAAUAUUUGAGGUCAGCUGUUGACUAUCUAGAGCUACAACCUGAUCUGAAUGGUCUUGUUCGUGGGGCACAUACUUUUGCUUGUCCAAAUGUUGGUAUCAAUAGCUGGGUCAAGUUUCCGAUCUAUGAUGCUGACUUUGGUUGGGGAAGACCCAUCUUCAUGAGACCUGGUUGGAUUAUACACGAGGGGCUAUCAAUCAUAAUUCCAACCUCAACAAAUGAUGGCAGCUUAUACUUGACAAUUGCUCUACCACCUCACCAUAUGAACUUGUUUCAACAAUUCUUUUUUGACAUUUGAGGGGUUCAAUACUUAGGAAAAGACUGUUUUUUUUAUAAGUUCAAUUUAUUGGGCUUGUUUAAGAAUGGGCAAAAAACGAUGGUAAUAAUAGAAACUGUUGUAACUGAUGUUUGAAUAAGAAAAUUAUGUUGGUUAAGCGCAAUGGCUGAGUGGAGGGGCGAUUGUGUUAAUCAUGAUGAAGGGUGAGAAUACAUCAACAUGUUUCUUUCUAGCAUUCAUGCAUUAUAUAACAUCCACUAGUGUUUGCUUA